UCUGUCAGUUUAUUUCCCCGCUCCCGAGCGCCCGGCGAUGCGGUGCUGAGGAGGUGCGAGCAUCGUGAAGGACACACGGACGGACGCAUUUGCCCGCUACGUAAGGAAAACCAGGCAGUCCUGCUAAUGUUCCAUCACCCGAGCUUCUAGCUGUAACCCCACCAGGUGGUCCUCACUUCAACAUCAUGCUGCACCUCACCCUGCUCCUCCAUCUCCUGGUCCUUUCUCUCUCCACUGCAGAUGCAUCAAAGGAUGGGGAGGUGUCUGACUUUUAUGGAGACGAAGCCACAGGUUACGGGCCAGUGUUUGAGGAGCAGCCGGUGGAUACCAUCUACCCCGAGGAGUCGCCCGAGGCAAAAAUCACCAUGAGCUGCCGGGCCCGGGCCAAUCCACCAGCCAACUACAAGUGGAUGUUGGAUGGCAUGGAAAUUGACUUGAAUGCACAAGCCAGCCACUACAGUUUAGUAGGAGGCAACUUGGUCAUCAGCAACCCCAUCAAAACCAAACAUGUUGGACAGUACUUCUGCUCAGCUUCUAAUGUGCACGGCACGGUGAUCAGCCGAGAGGCCUCAGUCCAGUUCGGAUACCUCGAUCUUUUCUCCUCGGAGGAGAGGGCAGCGGUGGAACUCAAAGAGGGACAGGGUGCAGUGCUGCUCUGCGCUCCCCCGCCACAUUAUCCAGCUGAGCUGUCAUUCCGAUGGAUCCUCAAUGAAUUCCCCACCUUCAUCCCACUGGACAAGCGGCGUUUUGUCUCCCAGAUAACGGGUAACCUCUAUAUCUCCAAGGUGGACUCUUCCGACAGUGGCAACUACUCCUGUAUUGUGUCCAGCCUGUCCAUUUCCAAGAGCGUUUUCUCCAACUACAUCCCCCUCGUACCUCUGGCAGAACGUCCCAUCAGGAAAUACCCUGCUGACCUUAAAGUCAAGUUUCCAGACACCACUGUGCUGGUGGGGCAGAAUAUCACCUUGGAGUGCUUCGCUUUGGGAAACCCCGUCCCUGAUAUCCGCUGGAAGAAGUUAAACGGACAGCUGCCACCCAAUCACGAGGUGCGGAUGGCGGGGGCUCACCUGCACCUGUACAAUGUGCAGUAUGAAGACGCUGGCAGCUAUCAGUGUGAGGCGUUAAACUCGAAGGGAAAGGACUAUCACACUGCACGCGUGUCUGUAGAAGCUUUUCCUGAGUGGGUGGAGCAAAUCAGCAGCACAGAGCAAGACCUCGGUAGGGAUUACACCAUGCCCUGCAUAGCCAGUGGAAAGCCUGAACCACACAUCCGCUGGCUGAAAAAUGGAGAACCGUCUGACAGGAGAGAGAUGAGGUUCAGCAGCUUGACGUUUGAGGAUUCGGGGAUGUAUCAGUGCAUUGCAGAGAAUCAUCACGGACUCAUAUAUGCCAAUGCAGAACUGCGUGUGUAUGCCUGUGCUCCCACGUUUGAACACAACCCAGUGAAGGAAGUCAUGGCAGCUAGAAACGGCCGCGUGGUGAUCGAAUGUCGACCCAAAGCGGCUCCAAAGCCCGCUUUCUCCUGGAGCAAAGACACAGAGCUGCUUUCCAACUCUACCAGGGUGUUCAUCUGGGUGGAUGGGAGCCUGGAGAUCCUCAACGUGACGCGAGCAGAUGAAGGCCGCUACACCUGCUUCGCUGAGAAUGACCGGGGCAAGGCCAACAGCACGGGCCGACUGACGGUUACAGAGUCCACAAAGAUCACCUUGGCACCGUCAAACGCUGACGUUAAGGUGGGGGAGAACACCAGGAUGCAGUGCGUCGCGUCACAUGACCCCUCUCUGGACAUCACCUUCAUCUGGUCCGUGGAUGGCCGGGUCAUCGACCUACACAAGGACAGCCUACAUUUCGAACGCACCCUGAACGGAAGCUCCAACGGUGAGCUGCUGAUUAAGAAUGUCCAGCUGAAGCAUUCUGGGCGCUACACCUGCACUGCACAGACCCCCAUUGACAAUGUUACUGCCUCUGCCCACGUGGUUGUCAGGGGUCCCCCCGGUCCCCCAGGUGGGGUGCGAGUGGUGAAAAAAACCGACCAGAACGUAACACUGCAGUGGAGCCGUGGAGCAGACAACCACAGCCCCAUCUCCAAAUAUACCAUCCAGUACAGGGACUCCUUCUCAAAGGAAGUCUGGAAGAACGCCACUACAUCUCCCGCAGAUGUAGAGGGGAAUGCAGAGAUGGCCACCGUGGUGGAUUUGUUCCCCUGGACAGAAUAUGAGUUCAGAGUGAUUGCCACCAACACUCUUGGGACAGGAGAGCCCAGCAGCCCGUCACCUAAAGACAAAACCAUGGAAGCACUUCCUGUGGUGGCGCCCUCGGAUGUCAGCGGCGGUGGAGGAACUAGCAGAGAGCUGACCAUCACGUGGACGCCUGUACAGCCACAGUACUACUAUGGGCGUAAUUUCGGCUACAUUGUGGCCUUCAAGCGGUCAGAUGGAUUCGAGUGGAUGAAGGUGACAGUAGCUGACCCCCAGGCCAAGCGCUACGUCCACAAAGACUCCAGCAUCCCUCCGUCGACAGAGUUUCAGGUCAAAGUCAAAGCAUUCAACAGCAUAGGAGAGGGACCCUACAGCCUAACAGCCUUCAUUUAUUCUGCGCAUGACGCUCCAUCUGAAGCUCCUGUAAGUGUUGACUCCCGAGCUCUUUCUGCCACAGAAGCCAUAGUGUGGUGGCUGCCUCUCCCACAGGGCAAUAUAGAUGGAUACCAGGUGAAGUACUGGAGGAAUCAGGAAGAUAGUGAAGGAGGUGCCCAGAGGGUGGUGGUACCCGGCAGUGAGAACCACACCAGGCUGGAGGGUAUGAAGCCCAACUCCCACUACCUUGUAGAGGUUCGGGGCUACAACUCUGCAGGAUAUGGGCCACCAAGCGAGCACCUCCAGAUCCACACCAAGAAACCCCCUCCAAGUCAAGCUCCCAAAAUAAUUGGUAAAAAGUUAAAGGGCACGUCGAUAAAUAUUGCCUGGGAGCACGUGGAACCACUUGCUACUGAGGCAUCGAUAGAUGGUUACAAAGUGCUGUACAGGGAGAAGGGCCACUCGUCAGGCACCCUGUACACGACCAGUAGGCGGUACAUUGACCUUCCCCUGCCUGCUCAUGGGGACUAUGUGGUGGAGGUCCGGGCGCACACAGAGGGGGGAGACGGAGCUGUGGCACAAAUCACCAUCACAGGUGGAGGUGUCAUGUCCGCCCCAUCUCUCAGCGUACUCUCCCUGCUCCUCGUGGCUCUCCUCUGCCUGAACCUCUGAAUGUAGCGCCAUCUUUGUCUUCACUUCCCGUGAAGGAGACUCUUUAUGGUUGACGCCUAAAAAAGGACUUUGGGAAUCUUUCCACAAUCUUUUGGUUCCGCCCCGUUUACCUGGGACUUCAUAUUCCAACUCUUGCCCUCUGGAAUAUGUUUGUGGAAAUGGAAAAAUUGGAAAUGGACAAAGACAUCCCUUAUUUAUCCACAAAAAGCCUCUUUGGAGGAGUGUCAAAGGAGUUCUGUCAACUUUUUAAAUAUGCCUUAUAUAAAUGACCGCACUUAUCUUUCACAAUAACUUGUUUUAAAAUGGAUCAUGACUGAAAGUGUGAACACUUUAGGUUGGGCUGUUGAGUCUUUUUACAUCAUGAAGCCGACCUUUCUUAUGGAAAGACACUGUUUGUUCAGAAAUGUGGGCUUCACUUGAUCUAUGAUAUUUUGGAAAAUCUAUCUUACAGUGCAUUCCAUAGUAUAAGGUAAACAAGUAGCUGUGAAGGAUAAGUGUAUGAGUUUAUAAAAAUGUCUUUAUGUAUUUCUUUACUUGCAGUUCAGUGGCAUUUUCUUCUAUUUUCUUUUUAAAAUGAAGCACACCCUUUGUUACAGAGAUACAGUCAAAGCAAAUCUCAUCCUUUCAUACUUGAUUUUUAUUAACAAACAUCAUAGCGGAAAGAUCAAUUUAUGUCAUGCUGAAAUAAUAUUAUCCAAUAAUUGAUAUUGUUUUACUAUCUAAUAUACUAUGGAUGUUAUUUGAAGAAAAAUAGAUUGGUUUAACCUGCAAUCAGUGCUUAUUCACAAAUCAUAACAUGAGCUCUAUUGACAGAAAACCACUUUCAAAUUGUGUGCAUGUUGACGUUACAUGGGAGGAAAGUUUGAACUAAAGUGUUUGGGAGUUUAGGCACAAGGGUCCAUAUUUGUAGAGCUGAAUGUAAAGCAAACCACAGGAGCAGGAAGUGAACUGAACAUAUCAGACGUGCAGUUUCUCAUGUUAAAACUGCAUAAAAAAACAUGCGACAGUGGUUAUUUGGAUUGCUCGCCACCUCUAGUUGAAUUUCAACAACUGUACAGUGAUCAAGGCUUUGCCACCACAUCUGGAUCAUUGUUGAACUAAACCUAAACUAAAAAAAACAGCUUUUGUUUUGACUGUAUCAUUAGGACCUCAGUGGUACCAGCUGGUGCUUUGUAAAGAAUGUUGGCAUUUUAUUUCGUGUAAACAUUUUCAUUUCAUCUCACUCGUUUAUGGCUUUGUGCGAGAGUCACUAUUAACAGUUAUAGCGAACAGUAGCGACGCUCAUGCCCUCCAAUAAUUGUGCAAUGUAUGAUACAUCUGUGGCUACUUUAUAUUUUCUAAUAAGACAACCUGCCUAGCUCCUAUAACAGUAAUAUUUCAUUUUUCAUUAUCUGGUAUAAACGGAAAAUAAGCAAAGCCAUCUAUAUCAGUGGUAAGAGCCCGUCAAAAGCUCACAACGUUGUUUCCACUGCAUCAUUUUUGUCUUUUUAUUAACAUGUGAUCAGAGAUAUAUAAACUUUAUCAACUGUUGUCGUUUUUUUGUUUUAUGAUUAUUAUAUUUGUAUGUCCUGACCCACCUCUAGUUGGACAGUUUAAAAGUUAUUUUCCCUCGAUUGGAGGAGAACAAAUGCUGCGUUUUGAAUUCCUCCGAUUCAUUUCUUGUGUGACUGAUGCAGGCCGUGCUUCUACAUCGUGACUAUAUCAACAUCCACCACAAAGUGCUUUUCCCAGUUUUCCUUCAUGCGACAAAUCAUAAAAAGAGUUGCCAAAUGCAUGAAUGCCUUGAACUUUUGGACGAAGCGGCGGCUCUACAUUCUAACAUGCAUGACAUUGGAGAUGAUGCGUUAGAUUACUUUGCAACAAAUCAAUAUCAUAGCAACUUCUCAACCUCUCAGCUUCAUAUGAAAUACAUUCCAUUCCUGAGUGACAUCCCUUUACGUCAGAGACAGUGUAGAUCUAAGCCUAAUAUGUGCAUUAGCUGCUAAGCUUCAUUAAGCCAGCCAUCUCAUAUGAAGUUUUGAGGAGAGGAUUUUUUUUUUGAGAGAAAAUCUUGAAACUGACUAAAGGAAUCUCACUCAUUCAAGUUCAGAAAUUGUCCUGCAGCACACAACACGAUAUUGGGGAUUUGAUAGCAUCACUGGUGGCAGUGGCGGCAUGUUUGGCUGUUUGCUGGAAGUUCGGUGCUUCGCUGGACUUGAACGGCACUUGUGAGGGAUGAAACUGGAACCUCUCAUUGGCUGGACAAGGAAACAAUAAAAGUGUAGUUAACUAUUAAAA